UGUGCCCAGUCCGCACCGUGGCGAAAGGAGAGCCUGGCCGAAGCGCUCGGUGUAGUUAUCUUUUGACGAAAGAGAGAAGACUGCGCUACUAAACUGUCUCAUCUUCAGGCUGGGGUUGAACGUAAUUUUGCUGGUGUGGCCUUAGAUCCUUGGUGUGGAUUCUGACCACUUUUUGACCCUUCUGACCCUUUGACGCCAGAGGUUCGUGACACUGUGACAGCCGUGAGCACCAUGAGUCAGGAGGGGCAGGAGGACCCCCUCCACACAGAUGUGAGCCCUCCAGAGACAUCGCCACAGACCGAACAAUUACAAGCCCAGAACGGUGACUCUGACCAAAGGGAAGACAAGGAUAGUCCUGGUGCCCUAGAGGUGGAGCCCAGCAUGGAGACAGAGACAGAGAAAACUUCUCUUGAGCAGACUGAGGAAAACUCGGAAGUUUCUGGAAAUGGAGCCAGCAAUCUAGAGGGUGAUGUUGUCGGAGAUGGGGAACGGAGUGAAAAGGAGGAGACUGUUUUGGAUAGAGGAGAAAUGGAUGGACAGGACACUGAUGAUGCUCAGGCUAAUGGAGAAAAGGAGAUGCAGUCAGCGGAGGAGCGUAGCGAUUUGGACUCAGAGACUGAGCCGGGCCAACACAAUGGGGACAGUCACACUGAACUGAACGGCGGGGUAGGGUUUAUGAACUCUCUCCCGUUCCCUUCUGAAAACACACAGGGACUGUCUACAGAAACACAAGACAACACAAGGGAGGAGAACGGCACGGAGGACGACAGCGAAGGUCACGAGGAAGAGGAGGGAUGUGACGAAGAGGCGAGGGAAGGUAACCUUGACACGUUCAGUUCCACCUUCGAAUACUCGGUGGAAGAGGCAGACGCUGAGGUAGAGGAGGAGGAAGAAGAAGACAGAGAGGACAAAAGUGAGGAGACCCAGAAUCAGGACAGUUUCAGCUCUGCGUUCGAGCGUAUUGUCGAGCAGGUUGCUGCGGUAACGGUGGAAGAAGAAGAAGAGGAGGAGGAGGAGGUGGGAGAAGAAGAAGACGACCGGACGAAAGAAAGUCAAGACGGGUUCAGCUCCACGUUUGAGCGCAUUGUGGAGUCUGAGCUUUUGAGAGGCGGGACGUGCUACAGCAGCCUGGACUCUCUGGACGUUCUCUCGCUGACGGACGAGACAGACAGCUGCGUGAGCUUCGAGGCUCCGUUAACUCCUCUCAUCCAACAGAGGGCCCUGAUGGGCCCAGAGCCUCCAGACCUGGAGCUGGAAACAGUGCAGGAAGGGACGGAGACCCAGGAUGGAGAUGGGGAGACGGACACGGACAGAGGGAGGGGCAGAGAAAGGGACGGGAGAGAUUCUGAAAGUCCGCUCCGGAGUUCUAUCCCUGGGAGCCGGUCGGAAAACGUCUUGAGCCAGUCAACCCAGUGGACAAUUCCUAAUGGAUUCCAUGCAGAGCUGCAUGGGAAUGAAGAACAUACUGGGCUCAUUUCCAGCUCAGUCAGCGACGCCAAUCUCACAGAUGUCCACUCUGAUACUGACUCCGAGCUGGGCAGUCUGGAGCCACUGGAGCGGGGCAGCACCGAUACUCUUGCCAACGGUUGCCGUGCUGAUGCUGAUGCCGCCAAGAGACUGGCGAAGCGACUCUUCUACCUGGAGGGGUUCAAAAGCUGUGAUGUGGCACGACACCUGGGCAAAAAUAAUGAAUUCAGCCAGUUGGUGGCAUCAGAGUACUUGAGCUUUUUCGACUUCACAGGUCUCUCUUUGGACAGGGCACUCAGGAACUUCCUGAAGACCUUUCCUCUCAUGGGAGAAACGCAGGAGAGAGAGAGGGUCCUGGUUCACUUCUCCAGAAGGUUCUGCCAGUGCAACCCUGAGGCACUCACAUCUGAAGAUGGAGCUCAUACACUCACCUGUGCUCUUAUGCUGCUUAACACAGACCUGCAUGGCCAUAACAUUGGGAAGAAGAUGUCUUGCCAGCAGUUCAUUAGUAAUCUGGAUGGUCUAAAUGAUGGCAAGGAUUUUCCCAAAGACUUACUAAAGGUGCUCUAUAACUCAAUAAAGAAUGAGAAGCUUGAGUGGGCCAUUGAGGAAGAGGAGCUGAGGAAGAGCCUGUCAGAACUGGUAGAGGAGCAGUGUGAUAGUGGGGGAAAACGGGUUGUCAGGGUAACAGAUGGUAGUAACCCUUUCAUAGCCAUCCCACUCCUGCUCAACGCUGCAACGUAUAAACAUGGAAUCCUCACACGCAAGAGCCAUGCUGACAUGGAUGGCAAACGCACACCCCGAGGCCGCAGAGGCUGGAAGAAGUUCUAUGCUGUUCUGAAAGGGAUGAUUCUCUACCUACAGAAGGAUGAGUAUAAGCCUGAUAAGGACCUGUCUGAAGUUGACCUGAAGAAUGCCGUGCGAGUUCACCACGCUUUAGCCACCAGAGCAAGUGACUACAGCAAGAGACCUAACGUACUGAAACUGAAAACGUCAGACUGGAGAGUGUUUCUGUUUCAGGCUCCGAGUGAAGAGGAAAUGGUGUCAUGGAUUUUCAGAAUUAAUUUGGUAGCCGCUCUCUUCUCUGCUCCUGCGUUCCCUGCAGCCAUCGGCUCUAUGAAGAAAUUCUGCAGACCACUACUGCCUUCCUCCACCACCAGGCUCAAUCAGGAGGAGCAACUGAAGUCCCAUGAAAACAAACUGAAGCAGAUCUCUCUGGAGGUGGAGGAGCACAAGAGAAGUCCCCCGGAUCUCGCCCACAAGACGAAAGAGUCAGAGGAGUACAGACUCAAAGAGCACUACCUGACGUAUGAGAAAAUCCGCUAUGAAACCUACAUCAACCUUCUGCAGGCCAAGCUUCGGGCGGGGACGGACGACGUGGAUAAGAUAGAGGCCAGUCUGUUUAGUGGGGAGACCAGAGACGGCUACCUACGCAAGACCCAGUCCAGUCCUUCCAUCAGCCACGGUCAAGGCAUUACGUACAAGACCCAGAACCGGACCCCCCUGGAGCAUCACAGCUGAACCGGACCCUGUGGGGCCCCUCAGACUUCUGAAACUGUAAACUGAAUUCCGACGUAAACCCCCCCACCCUCCCCCCGUCAUCUGCCCAAGUCCCCACCCUGGUGCGAUGGGACUUAGAUACCUGAGAGAAGCUUCCUUUGCUUAAAAGGAACGGAAUAAGAAGGCAGCGAGAAAGAGAUGCGACGUAGCAUAAAAAUAUCAAUGUACAGUCAAUUUAUUAUGGCUACUAUUCUUUUAGUAUUAUUAGUACUAUUAUGACUGCAAGUAUCAUUACUAAUAUUACUAUAAACUUCAUUACGUGCCAAAUACAGAGACAGUAGGGGAAAAAAAAAGAACAAGGAAAAAAAAUAUGGAGGAAAAGACUGUAUUAGAGGGAGAACAUGACAUCACAUAGCAGAGAAUUUUGAUGCCACAACAACAACUAUUGAGACAUUACAAAACCAGUGUAUUAAGAGGUUUUAGGAGUUUUACUGUGACAUCACAAACUACUCUAAUGAGAGGUUCCAAAAGAGUCAUCGUGAGUAGAACAGAAUAAUGGAAUGUUCUGAGGCUGUAUUUAGUGAUGGCUCAUUGACUGACUGACUUAGUCUUACAAAUGAUGUAGCAUUUGACUUUGACACGAGGCUUUUGUUCUCAUAUCCUCAGAAGUGGCCGUCGUAAGGGCUCUGACAGACACACUGAGGCGCAUGUUCAUAUCAGUUUCAUCUGCUUCAAGAAUGAUACAGUUUUCCCUGUGGACAAAAUAUUCUUAUGAUGAAAUCUGAUACUGUAUAAUAAUCAUUUAUUUAUUAUGUUGUAUUUAUUUAUUGUACAUUUUUUCUUUUCCAGCUAGAGUUAAGAUAGAGGACAAGACGAAAGCACUUCUUGCAAUAAUGCAAACAAUAGUAUGUAAAACUAAUUUGACUGUGGAAUUCAUUCCAAAUCCCAUUUUUUGCCUAAUCACUAUCUCAUGAGUGAUGGAUCUGGUACUUGAUCUAGAACAAGAAUCAAAGAGUGUGUCAGAGGAGAAAGGUUAUACGACUGCUUAGCUGGAAGACUGCUGGAAUUUGUAAAUCUUUCUGUACGUGUG